GUGUUACCGAUUCCCGAUCAUAAUCGACUCGUUCCUGAUUGAACAUGUUCCGUUCCCGAUAUCUUGUAAUAUCGGUUUCGUUAUUUCGUCCAAUAUUCUCGUUCCCGUUUCUGAUUUCGGCAAAAAAAAAUACAGUAACGGUAAUGGUUUAAGUAUUUUCCCGACCGUUUUCAAUUAUUUUCAAGCUUAAAUAUAUUUAACCAAUAACAUAUCGAGCUAUAUGCUGAGUAUUAAAUCCAUGGACAUAUAACCUGUAAUAAUUACUGAUCGACCUGAAAUUUAACCGUUCGGUGUCUUUUCCGGCUUGAGCGGGCCCGGCCCGGAUGUACACCCACACAAGCCCGGACAGACCUGCCUCGCUUCUCGUCUCCCGUCUCCUCCGCGUUCCCGCUUUCCACCCGCCGCCGCCGCCGCCGCCCACCUUACCGUCCCCUGCCCCUUGCCCAGCAUGUGGGGUAGCACCGACGGCGGAACGCCGGAGGUCACCCUCGAGACCUCCAUGGGCGCUGUCUCUGUUGAGAUGUACUACAGGCACGCGCCCAAGACUUGCCGGAACUUCGUCGAGCUCGCGCGACGUGGCUACUACGACAACGUUAUCUUCCACCGCAUCAUCAAAGAUUUCAUUGUGCAAGGUGGGGAUCCUACAGGAACCGGCAGAGGUGGCGAGUCCAUCUAUGGAGCAAAGUUUGAGGAUGAGAUAAAGACUGAGUUAAAGCACACUGGGGCUGGAAUUCUGUCCAUGGCAAAUGCUGGCCCAAACACGAAUGGAAGCCAGUUCUUCAUAACUCUUGCCCCUUGUCAGUCACUUGAUGGGAAACAUACAAUUUUUGGGAGGGUAUGCAGAGGAAUGGAAAUUGUUAAGCGCCUUGGAAGUGUGCAGACUGACAAAAAUGAUAGGCCUAUCCAUGAAGUGAAAAUCUUGCGUGCCGUUGUCAAAGACUGAAGCAUUAUCCAGAUGUAACUCCGAGUGUUGGUUUAGGCUUUAAUAAUGGCCAUGUUCAUGUAAGUGGUGCCUUUGCGAAAAGGUGAAAAGUGCAGCUAGUUCCAGCCUAUAUGACUAUGGUCUCUCGAUGUGGCUGACCUGAAACCCUACCUGAUGAGUAGAUUGGACCUUUUGAUCAAGAAGGUAUUUGAAACAGUUUAUAUGCGUGUGUGGUUUGAGUUUCUCUGCGAGGUAUUUGAUACAAAUAGUUCCAGACUAUGUUCGCUUCAUCUUAAAGUCAGCUGUUUGGACUGCUGCAGCUGCAAUUCAUAAAGACAACAUUGUAUAAGCAGUAGAAGCCGGUACGGAUUAAAGCUAAGCGAAAAUAAUGCACCACAUCGAAGUCUGCCA